AUGAAACUUAAUAACGGUAUCCGCCUGACAUGGCUCGGACACUCCACCUUCAAAAUCGAAGCAGACAGACAAACACUCCUCAUAGACCCAUGGGUAACCAACAACCCAGUGUGUCCUGAUGCGCUCAAAACCUUUGAUACGCUCGACGUGAUACUCAUAACGCACGGGCACGCCGACCACAUUAGCGACGCGGUGCCACUGGCGAAAGAACACACCCCGACAGUUGUGUCUAUCGUUGAAAUCGCAGGGUGGCUUGGUAAACAAGGUGUCGAGAACACGAUUGGUAUGAAUAAGGGUGGCACUGUCACCGUCGGCGACGUGAAAGCAACGAUGGUCUCAGCAAACCAUAGUAGCAGCUUCACAGAGGAAAACGGCACAACGGGCUACGUGAUUGAAUUCGGGAACGGCUACAAAAUUUACCACGCCGGGGAUACGAACGUAUUCGGGGAUAUGCGGAUUAUCGGUGAGAUUUACCAGCCUGACCUCGCGUUGCUUCCCAUCGGCGACCAUUUCACGAUGGGACCGCGUGAAGCCGCCUACGCCGCACAAUUACUCAAUGUCCCAGCGAUUCUGCCUAUCCAUUAUGGCACUUUCCCACUAUUGACAGGAACGCCCGAAGAACUCCGUAAGUUGACGGCAUCUCAGAAUGUAGAAGUUAUUUCGUUAGAGGUUGGGGAAACGUUAGAUUAA